AUGGGUUCAAUUUGCUCCUCACCAGAGAAGCAGGAUGACCAAGAGUCCGACAUGGCUUUAGCAGCCUGCAGAAAUUCUACCUCUGUCCCCCCUCUCCACCCUAAUAUACACUCCAUUGUUCAGCUCACUGUUGCGCAUGCCUGCAAGGUCUACUUCAGUGGCCCACUAGUAAAGCACGUACAGUGCCAACCGGAUGGCCAACAUCCCAAAGAUGAUGGAUGGGUUGAUGUCUGGGCACAGCUCAGCAGCACAACGUUGAGCAUAUGGGACAUGAAGGAGAUCAAGGAAGCAAACAAGAAGGGCCUUGAGGUGCCUCCUACUGUCAUAUCCCAUAUGCCAGACAUAGAUCCCAUCAUAUUCCCACGCUUUCCGGACCUGUUUCCGGACCCCAUAUCCAACUCAUUCCUGGAUCCCCUAUCCUGUCCACCCUAUGCACAUUCCAUCCAGCAAGACAUCUGGACUUUACCUCCUCUUGGAUUCUAG